AUGGCCUCUCAUGGCUGCCGACAUUGCCAAUCAGCAAUGGACCCUCGAGAUGGGCAUAGGGAAUGCCCUUCAUGCCUGGGGAUGGCACAUUUAAGAGAGGAUGUGGAUAAUCCCUGCAGUGCGGCUUGUGACCUACCCAGAGAGGAACGAAUUCACCGUGCUAAGGGAGCAGGCAGUUCUGUACCUGAGCACAGUAAGGAGAGGGAACGCUCAUCAGACAGGCAUAGUCGUAAGCGUCCUCAUAAGCACUCACAUGAUCGCCAUGAACCGCAUAAAUCAAGACAUGAGAAAGUGGUGGAUAUGGCUAAACGCCCAACUCCUGCUCCACCAGCAGAGAGUGGAAACAAAGACACUCAACUGGAGAUCCUGGCUGCUAUUCAGAGUUUAGUGCAGAGGAUGGACCGAAUUGAAGCUCGUCACUCAGCUUCACCAUCACUACCUCCUGGUCAGGAAUACGUUCCUCCACCUGCACAGCAGGGUAAUCCUGAAACUGAUGCAGAGGAGGCUGAUGUAUUAUCUCUUCUGGCUCCCUACUCACUGGUUGAUGAUGCACAGCAGGCAGAAGGAGAGAGCCAAGGAGAAGGACCCCAUUCAGAUUCUGCCGAAGUGGAUGGCGAAUCAACGGGAAGAGACGAUUUUCCAGCAAAUACUCUUGUUGCUAGAGUAAUAAGUGCAGCAAAAAUUCUUUGUUUGCAGCCUUCUGUGCCUGACCCAUCUCCUGUCGGGGGUAUCUGGGAAGGCAUACCUCAGACUAAUUUUCCAUCUUGCAUUCCAGUAGCAGAUGAUUAUACCUCAAUGUUGAGGACAGCAUGGAAGAAACCAUCUCAAAAGCCCCAAUUUAAUGCAGGCUGCAGACGUUUGGCCAAUGCCAGUUACCCAAAAGAAACGGGACUGGGGGACAUGCCACCAGUAGAACAGGAAAUAGCAUCCUGGACAACUUUGGGACCAGCCUAUACAUCUGCUAACCCUCGCUGUCCCAAAAAGGAGUGUGCGAAAACUGACCGUCUGAUCUCACGAUCCUUUAAUGCCACUGCACGUGCAGCUCGUACAGGCAAUGCUUUGGCUAUCCUCUUGGCAGCCUUACGGAAAACAGUAAGUGCAGAAGACCAGGAUUCUAGGAACCUUGUUGAUUCUGCUCUGGCGGCUCACUCACAAUUGACACGAGAUGUGGGGGAGGCGAUGUCUUCGGCUGUUUUAUGUCGUAGGCAGAUUCCCAGGAGGUGCUGGAUAGGGCUGAGCGCUCCAUCACAACAAGAGAAGCGGUCCAGCGAGCUUGUCGUAAACCAGCUCCAGUCUUCAGACCGAGGUCAAGAGAAACACAAAGGCCGCAGCAACCUGCUUGGUCUAGACACACAAGUGACAAUCCUGUUAGUGUUCCGGGGCAGAGCUUUCAUGGCCAAAGACAAAAUCCUGCCCCGUAUCCCCAGAGGAGAUUUCAGUCCCGCGGGGGAGCUCAUCAGAGAGGUUCACGAAGGGGUGCAGGACGUAAUGGUGGACCUGCAUAGGGGUCAGGGGCCGACCGUCGACUGUUCUUCUCAACUUUCACGGGCCAGUUGGGAGAGAGUGGUCUCAGACCAGUGGGUUUUAUCCACAAUAACUCACGGGUAUCGGCUACAGUUUCGACGGCGCCCCCCCAUUUUCAAGGGUCAGAAUGACCACUGUCAAGGACCCACUAUGGGAGCCCGUAUUGAGGGAAGAGGUACAAGCUCUUUUGCAAAAAGGAGCAAUCGCAAAAGUGCCCUUCAACGCACAACAGACUGGGUUUUAUUCCACCUAUUUCAUAAUUCCAAAAAAAGACGGGGGUCAUCGCCCCAUUCUGGAUCUCAGGCACCUCAACCAGUACUUAAAAAUUCUUCCAUUCAAGAUGAUUCAUACAAAGAUGGUAAUGCAGUCCAUAGGUGCAGGAGAAUGGUUCACAUCUCUGGAUUUAAAGGACGCAUAUUUCCAUAUUCCAAUUUGUCCAGAGCACAGGCCUUUUCUCCGCUUUGCUUUUCAAAACCAGGCUUUUCAGUUCCAGGUUCUACCAUUCGGCCUGUCUUUGGCACCAAGAGUCUUUACUCGGGUGAUCUCAGCUGCCCUAGCCCCCCUUCAGCUGCGCGGUAUCAAAAUCCUGCCAUAUCUGGACGAUUGGUUAAUUUGUGCUCCUUCUCGAGAGCAGGGGAUCAGGAACACAGAGGAGGUACUAGCUCACAUUCAGUUCCUGGGGUUCACAGUGAACUGGGAAAAGAGCAGUCUCCAGCCUCAGCAGCAGGUGAAAUUCCUAGGGCUAUAUUUCAACUCCAUAACAAUGAAAGCAUGUCUCACUCCCCAGAGAAUAGACAGCCUACAGAAAGCGUUACGUCACUUCCAGAAAGGGAAGCUUGUAACCGCUCACAGAGUUCAGAAGCUUGUAGGACUGUUGGCGGCAGCAUCAGUGGUGAUUCCCUUAGGCCUACUAAGGACACGCCUGAUACAGAGAUGGUUGAAUUCUUUUCAUCUUCAUCCAAAGAAGGACAGAAGAAGGAGGCUGCGGGUGACAAAGGCCUGCAUGCGGGCCUUACUUCAUUGGAGGGACAAGGACUUUCUCUGCAGGGGAACCCCACUGGGCAAUCUUCCUCACAGAAGAUCAGUGGUGACAACAGAUGCAUCACUGACAGGUUGGGGAGCUGUUUGGGAAGGCAGGUCAGUAAGGGGCAAAUGGGAUCACCCUUGGUCAUCAGAACACAUAAAUGUGCUCGAACUGAGAGCUGUUCACCUCGCUCUUCAGGGUCUGUUACCAUUUCUACGCUACAAGCAUGUGCUAGUGAGAACGGACAGCACCUCAGUAGUUUACCACAUAAAUCACCAAGGAGGGACAAGGUCACUACGUUGUCUCCAGGUAGCAACGAACCUACUGACAUGGUCAUGGCCGCAGCUGUCCUCACUGAGGGCAAUACACAUCCCGGGUGUGACAAACAGAGCAGCCGACAUUCUGUCCAGAACAGGGCCUCUCCCAGGAGAGUGGCGGUUGAACACGGAGGUAAUAGCCCAAAUUUGGACCCGAUAUGGGACAGCUCACAUAGAUCUCUUUGCCUCCAGGGAGACAACCCAUUGCCAGGGAUGGUACUCCCUCACGGUACAAGAGGGCAGUUUAGGCCUGGAUGCACUAUCACAAGAGUGGCCGACAGGCUUAUUAUAUGCUUUUCCCCCCUUUCCUCUGAUUUGCCAAGUCCUCCAGAGGAUCAGGGAGAGUCAUUGCACAGUUUUACUAGUUGCUCCACGGUGGCCGGGAAGACCAUGGUUCCCAGACCUAGUUCAGCUGAUUCAGGGUUCCCCGUGGCAACUCCCAUCACGGGCGGAUCUCCUAUCCCAAAUAGACGGGCAGAUUUGGCAUCCAAACCCGAUGGCACUACAAUUAUGGGUAUGGCCUCUGCAGAGUCCAUCACUCAACCACUAGAUGAAACGAUUCCUACAGGCUCAACUGGAUCAAGGCAAAGCAGCCAGUACAAUCAGGGUUUAUGCUUCAUCUAUUUCAGCAUCUCAUGGGGGAGUGGAUGGCCAACCAAUAGGCCGACAUCCCUUGGUAGGUCAGUUCCUGAAGGGAGCUCGUCGCUUAUGUCCAAACCGCUCUUUGCGGGUACCCAAUUGGGAUUUGCCUUUUGUACUAGACUCUCUCACUAG